UUUCUUUUCUGUAAACCUUCAAUUCUCAGCAAAACAAGUCAACAAAUUACUUAACAAUUUAAUUACAGGAUUUCCAAUAUAAACCAAAGAUUUAAUCUUUAGCUAUGGCUGAUACUGGAAAAAGAACAAUUCUUCAAUUUGCACCUUUUCAAAGUUCUGUAGAUGAAGGAUUUUGGCAUAAAUUAUCUUGUUUAAAACUUAAUAAACUGCGCCUUGAUGAAUCCCCUAUUCCAAUUACUGGUUUUUAUGCACCUUGCUCGCAUCUUCAAGUAUCAAAUCACUUGACUCUUCUUGCUGAAUCUUUGCCUACUGAAUCCAGUGAGGAAUCCUCGUCUAAUCUAGCUAGUCAGGGGAACAGAAAUAGGUGUCCUAUCCCUGGCAUUCUUCUCAACACAAACACGUUGGAAAGUUUCUAUGCGCUUGAUAAGCAGAGCCUACUUAAGGCAGAAGCCAAGAAGAUAUGGGAUGACAUUUACUCAGGCAAAGUUGAGGAGGACAGUUCUGUGCUCUUAAGAUUCCUAGUUAUAUCAUUUGCAGACUUGAAAAAGUGGAGUUUUCAUUAUUGGUUCGCUUUCCCUGCUUUGGUGCUUGAUCCUCCUGCAACUCUAGUUAACGUGAAGCCAGCUUCCCGGUGCUUCACGUCUGAAGAGGCUGAAUCUCUGUCUAGAGCUUGUAAUGAGUGGCGUAGCACGAGCUCCACUGCAGAUACACCAUUCUUUUUGGUAUCUAUCGGUUCAAAUUCAAUAGUUACUCUCAGGCAUCUAAGGGAGUUGGAAGCCUGCCAAAAUAAUGGUCAAAAGGUUCUUUUUGGUUUUUAUGACCCUUGUCAUCUUCCAAGUAAUCCUGGAUGGCCACUUCGCAAUUAUCUUGCUUAUAUCUGUUCAAGGCGGGGCCUUGGAAAUAUUCACUUUUUCUGCUACCGUGAGAACCGUGGUUUUACAGAUCUGGGAUUGUCACUUGUUGGAGAAGCUGAAAUAUCUCUUUCACAAGGAUGGAGAAAUCAUGAGAACGUGCCUAAUGUUGUGGGAUGGGAACUAAACAAAGGGAAGAAGGUACCGAGAUGCAUCAGCCUUGCUAAAACUAUGGAUCCGACAAGGCUAGCUGUAUCAGCUGCUGAUUUGAACUUGAAACUAAUGAGAUGGCGCACAUUGCCGUCAUUGAAUCUAGACCUUUUGGCUUCCACGAAAUGUCUCCUCCUUGGAGCAGGUACACUCGGAUGCCAGGUCGCUCGAAUGCUUAUGGCAUGGGGUGUCCGAAAAAUUACAUUGGUAGACAGUGGUAAGGUCUCAAUGUCUAAUCCAAUAAGGCAGUCACUUUAUGCGCUUGAUGACUGUUUAAAUGGUGGAAAAUUUAAGGCCAUUGCAGCAGUUGAAAGCCUUAAGCGGAUAUUUCCAGCAGUGGAAGCAGAAGGUGUUGUGAUGGCUAUUCCGAUGCCUGGACAUCCAGUAUCUAGCCAAGAAGAAAGUAGUAUACUUCAGGACUGCAGGCAUUUGUGUGAUUUGAUUAACUCACAUGACGCGAUCUUUCUAUUAACUGAUACACGGGAAAGUCGAUGGCUUCCUAGUCUACUUUGUGCAAGUGCGAACAAGAUUACUAUUACUGCAGCCUUAGGCUUCGAUAGCUUUCUAGUUAUGCGUCAUGGGGCGGGACCCCCCGUGGAUGCUCUACGAAACUCGCAAGCUGAAACUUCGAAUAACGUCUCCUCUAGUAUGGAGAAUCUCUCCCUUUCAAGUGAAAAUGAGUCACAGAGAUUGGGGUGUUACUUUUGCAAUGAUGUGGUUGCACCAAUUGAUUCAACGGCUAAUCGUACCCUAGACCAACAAUGCACGGUUACUCGUCCCGGGCUUGCUCCUAUUGCAUCAGCCCUUGCUGUUGAACUUUUGGUUGGAGUUUUGCAUCAUCCUUCUGGAAUAAACGCUAGAGCUGAGUUUGCAAACUCGAAUGAUAACGGUAGCACUGAACAACCUCUUGGCAUUCUACCUCAUCAAAUUCGGGGCUCCAUCUCUCAAUUUUCUCAGAUGACACUUGUUGGUCAUGCUUCAACUUGUUGCACUGCUUGUUGCUCCACUGUGGUAUCAGAAUAUCAAACGAAAGGGAUGGACUUCAUACUACAAGCUAUCAAUCAUCCUACAUAUCUGGAGGAUCUAACUGGACUAACAGAACUCAUGAAGUCAGCGGGAUCUUACACGCUGGACUGGGAUAACGAUAGUGAAAAUGAUGACGACGAUGAUGAUUGUGUAGAAAUAUAACCUUAUUGUAACAUAAUACCUACAUCCAUUCUUUGCAAUCAAUUUGAUUGUUUGUAUAUCUCCCUGACCGGAUCUUCGCCAUCUCACUUCACACGCAUAUGACAAGUGGACAACUACAGAUCAGCCAUUAGAACUCAAAAACUUGAUGUUGUUUCUACAUGUAAAUUCCUAUUGGAAAAUAUUAUGUUUUGUUUUAGUUUUCUUGGUAUCAACCCCCAGGACUACUAAUCUUCAGUAUUAGAAGUUAGAACUGCUGAUUUUCAGCUCAUUUCGUACAAUCUCUGGUCUAUUAUCUCUAAUACAAUUUGUUGGGCCAUGAA